AUGUCGUCAUUCAAUCCCAAGAAACGCCGUCGGGAGAGAGUAAAUGUGGACGUCAAACUUGUAGAGAUAUAUGAUGAUCUGAGCAACGAAAACGACGAGAUCAGACUCAAAGCUGCCAGUGACCUGCUCUCGCGCCUAAUGCCAGAUGCGAAUCCGGCACCUGAAGACAUUGAGAAGGCGUUGUUGAGGCUGUUUCGUGGACUAUGCAGCAGUCGAAAAGCUGCGAGGCUUGGGUUUUCAAUUGCCCUGACGGAGCUUUUGUCCAUGCUAUUCGGCCAGUCCGACGGUGAUGAGAAGAAAGUCCAGUCGGGGUUGGAUGUGUCGAAAACAAUUGAUCUCCUGGAGUCGAACACGAACACUACGAGCUCAGAAUCUGGCCAGGAAGAGAAAGACCGUCAUUUUGGUAGACUGUUUGGAGCAGAAGCAAUUUUGAAAAGUUCGAUUCUUUACCAGCCUGGAGUUGAAUUUGAAAACUGGACAAGACUAGUCUCUUUGGUUUUUGAAUUGGCCAACAAGAAGUCAUGGCUGAGAGAAGAGUGCGGAUAUAUCAUUUUCUACGCUGUACGAGAUGCUGGAGCACGAAACAGAGGCUCAAAAUACGUCGAUUCUGUACUUGCUGCUCUAUGCCAAAACAACCUUGCCAAAACCCCUGAAGGUGUUGCUAUCUGGAUAGCGGCGAUGGAGCUGUCUUUGUCUCUAGCUAUCGUGUUUCCUUCCGGUGUUUGGAGCCAUGAUAACCCAUUGAAUACACGAGAAAAGGCAUCCUUGGCCAAAAUCAUGAAGGAGUCUUCGGAACACAACGUGCCCAAUGGAGAAGACGCAAAGGUCAAGAGUUCAGGUGUCUGGAACCCACGUCUCCCUUUUGCAUGGGACCCCAUCCUCGCCAAGUUGUAUACUACGUCAACUGAAAUACCCCAGGGUGAGGGUAAAGGGAAGAAGAGCAAGGCGACGCAAUUGACUUUCGCUGACUUUUGGACCGAAGUCGUUGACUGCGGUUUGUUUGCUGCGGCUUCAUCGGAUGAGCGUAAAUACUGGGGCUUCCUCGUGUCUAUGAAGGUCCUGAAUGAGGCCCCAAUAGAGGCAGCCAGCUUGAUCUUCACACAGAAUUUCAUGCGCUGCUUGAUGAAUCAGCUUGCAGUUGAGGAUCGCUACCUUCAUAAAAUUGCCGUUAAAACUACAAAGUCGGUACAAGCUCGUGCCUCGAAAGAACCCGAAUUCGCCUAUCCUGCACUAUGUGGGCUCAUGGGGCCUCGAGGAGCUAUCAACUUCGACCAGGUCGCCAAAGUCAAGGUUGUUGAAAAAAUCAUCAGCGAUGUAUCCCAUGGCGCUAUUAAACAACUCAUGCCUUUCUUCGAAAAUUUGAUUGUCAGCCCGGAUGCUGAUGAGAAGAUAGCCGCAUCCAGGCGCCAGCAGAUUGCCAAUUUCCUUCAGACAAUCACCAAAUCACAAAUGUCCAAUGGUAAGGAUAGUGAUGCCGAGGAACUGGACGCAGCCAUUGAGAUGGUUAUUCUUACUCUCGCUCGCUACACCUACUUUUCUGGAAAUCUUGUGAACAGCCCCAAACCUCCAGUUAGCGAUGCUACUAGAGAACUCUUUAGAAACAAGAUUAUGGCCUGUUUGAAUAUCGUGAUCAGUAGCCGUGGGCGCUCUGCGGAUAUUGCAUACAAAAUUGUCCAAAAGAUUCGUGACAUGGAAGAGGGCGGAGAGUUUGGAAAGUUCAUCAUUGAUAUGAGUGAAAGCAUCACGGAGUCUGUCCAGGCUGCAUUCAAGACGCUCAAGAAGAUCAGUAAAAAGGGCAAACGGGAUGAUGGACGACAGGAUCCAACUGCUCAAGGACUCAAACUGCUCUAUUCUAUGACAAUUCUCCAAGUAUAUAAUGGGGAUGCGGAUGCAGUCUCCAUGUUGGACGAGCUCAAACUGUGCUAUAACAAGUUUUUAAGCAACAAGAGGGCUGACGAUGAAGAGAGCGAUCAAGCAUCAGACGCCUUAGUAGAGAUACUCCUCAGUUUCGCUUCAAAGCCCUCACAAUUGUUCCGGAGGAUGAGCGAGCAGGUGUUUGGAGCUUUUGCAAAUAAGGUGACUCCUACCGGCCUGCAAUCCCUACUUGCGAUUCUCGACGCAAAGGAAAGUCUCGCGGGUACUCACCGUGCAGAUAUGGAUCUAGAGGCAUCCGAUGGCUCUGACCACGGCUCUGACAUGGGCGAUGAUGAGAUGGAGGCUCUAGACGCGCAGCUUGUCAAAGUCUUCCAGGCCCGUGACCAAGCGUCGACGAAGAAGAAGGAUACAAAAGAUGCCAAAGAGACCAUGGUCAAUUUCAAGAACAGAGCACUUGACCUGCUUGAAAUAUACGUGAAAAAGUGCCACUCCAACCCUAUGGCGUUGGACAUUAUCAUUCCGCUUCUACAACUCCUGCGAAGAUCCAGCGUUCAGCAACUUGUUCAGAAAACAGCAAAUGUCAUUCGAGAAUAUACGAGAUUGUGCAAGGGCUCGUCUAUUCCUAAAGUCGAAUCCGAUGAGCCUAUUUGGGAACUUCUCAAGCAGGUUCAUAACGAAGCUACGCAUAGUGCGUCUAAUUUACACGCCUCAUCGUGUAGCCAAACAAGUCUUCUACUCGUGAAGAUUCUCGUUGCUCAUGAUACAGAGUCUGUCUUGGGAAUUGUGGAUGUAUAUGCCGAUACCCGCAAGAAGCAGCUUUUGAGCAAUAAGUGUCAUGUACAAGCGUCGUUCUUCUCCGAUUGGAAUAACUGGUGUGUGUCUACCAGUAAACAGUUAAAGAAUUGA